AUGUCCUCCCCAAGUCCUGGUAAAAAGCGGAUCGAUACGGACGUUGUUAAGUUGAUUGAAAGCAAGUAUGAAGUUACUGUUCUGGGAGGUCUAAAUGAACUUAUGGUUAAGUUUAAUGGACCUCCUGAAACGCCUUACGAAGGUGGAAUUUGGAAAGUGCGCGUCGAACUUCCGGAACGUUACCCAUUUAAAUCACCGUCUAUUGGAUUCAUGAAUAAGAUUUUUCAUCCAAACAUAGAUGAAGCGUCCGGCACUGUGUGCUUAGAUGUUAUUAAUCAACAGUGGACCGCUGUAUAUGAUCUUACAAAUAUCUUCGAAUCGUUUUUGCCCCAACUUCUGGCCUACCCUAACCCCAUGGAUCCACUUAAUAGCGAUGCUGCCUCACUUUUUAUUCACAAGCCUAUGGACUACGUUUCUAAAGUCAAAGAAUACGUUCAACGUUUUGCAACAGAGGAGGUCCUGAAAGCGGAAGAAGGAGGGGCAGAAUCAAGCUCAGAUGAAGAAAGUUCGAUGUCAGAUUAUUCGGAGGAUGAAGCACGAGACAUGGAACUUUAG